AUGCAGUGCAGCUUCAAUGGGACUGUGCUGAUCACAGUUCUCCCUCCACUGCUGGUGAUGGAGUUUAUUUUGGGAUUACUUGGAAACGCUUUGGCUCUGUGGAUCUUCUGCUUCCACCUGAGGCCCUGGAAAAGCAGCACGGUGUUGGUCUUCAACCUGGCGAUGGCUGACUUUCUGCUCAAUGUGGCUUUGCCUUUCCGUGCCAGCUACUACAUCUCGGGGAUCAAAUGGAUGUUUGGCAAUUCCCUCUGUAACAUCUGCCUCUUCAUGCUGGCUAUGAAUCGCAGCGGAAGCAUCUUCUUCCUGAUGGCUAUCGCUGUGGACAGAUACAUGCGUGUGGUGCAUCCCCAUCAUUCCAUCAACUCCCUGAGUGUCUGCAAAGCUGCCAUUGGAGCGCUUGGAUUGUGGCUGGUCGCCUUUUCAAUGACUGCUCAUGUCUUCACUCUACAACAUGUGAACACGACCCACUGCGAGAGCUUCACGAUUGAGACCAAGCAUCAAAACAAUCUGACCUGGCAUAAAUUUGAGUUCCUCCUUUCCUUCUACGUGCCUCUGCUUGUGAUUCUCUACUGCACAGUGCACAUCAUCAGCCACCUGAGAAGGAGACAGCUGGCCCAGCAUGCAAAGAUUAAGAAGGCUCUGUACUUCAUGGUAGUAGUGGUGGUGGUCUUCAUCGUUUGCUUCCUGCCGAGCAACAUCACACAGCUGCUGAUCUGGAUCAAGACCAGGGAGGUAACCAGCACCCUCCCUGAACCUGACAUCUGUCCUGCCCUGGAGGACCUGACAUCUGCAUUUUACAUCACCAUCAGCCUGACUUAUCUGAACAGCACCAUGGAUCCACUGAUCUACUACUUCUCCAGUCCUGCCUUUAAGAGCAUUUUCAGGAAAGCUCUUCACCUGCCCCAAGCAGACACUGUUGAAAGUGCUGAGAAGAAAACUCGGGAGACUGGCUCCCAGUCGCUCAGCCAGCUGUGAAACCAAGGAAACAUGACAUGCAGCUUUGCAGCGGAAAUAAUGACUAAUACUCAGUUUCUGAAGCUUCUCAGUAAGUUGUCAUGCAAGUCUCAUACCGGGUGAUAUAUGAUUUUAAUUAAUCACAUUGAUACCAAGUGAUAAUGAUAGAAAAACAAAAAAUUAUUAACAAAAACAAAAAAAAAAAACCCAAAACUAACAAUGUUUUCUUGUAAUGGUCAAAGCUAUAUUCUUCUUGUUGGAAUGAAUGAAGAUUUAUUAUUUAAAUAUUUGUAUCUGGUUAUUGUUAAAUUAAAGAACACAGCAGAUUAAAAUGUGCAAUAAAAGUGUUUGUAGUCUGGUGAAAAUGGCUUGGUGAGAAGUGAAAAAGUUGUUCUAACUCACAUAAGUGACACCAUGUUUAUGACUGGAACUGGAGCGUCUGACCUCUAACCGCUGCUUUGACACAGUUUAGCACAGAUGGUUCAUACAAUGUAGUUCUCGUGAAAUGUAGCUUUCCAAUUUAACCGCAUAACAUUGAAAACCACAGAGGUCUCCUCGUGGUUUAGAUGGUUACUGUAAAAGCACGUAGUUAUUUCUUCUUCUUUUGCUCACAUUCAGCUAAAGUAAACUCCCUCCACUUAAAGUCUCUGAAUCCCUAAAAACUCCUGUCUGUGUAUCAAAGGUUGAAAUCUGGAAGUGUUUUGCGUGAAAAUAAAUAACAAUGUGAAGA